AGUGGAAUUUGCUUCCGAUCUUGCGCAAAGGAAAUCGACUUACGAAAGAACCCGGAUGUGACUGCAGUUACAGGAGUAAUUUUAGCAUCUAAUUUUCAUCGAAAAUGGGGAACGAAAACUCUCUGCCUAUGGAAUUAUGUUCCAAUUUUGAUGCUGAUGAAAUAAAACGAUUAGGGAAGCGCUUUCGAAAGUUGGAUUUGGACAAUUCUGGUGCAUUGAGUGUAGAGGAGUUCAUGUCAUUGCCGGAAUUGCAACAGAAUCCUCUUGUACAGAGAGUUAUAGAAAUAUUUGACACAGACGGUAAUGGGGAAGUGGAUUUUAAAGAGUUCAUAGACGGUGUUUCGCAAUUUAGUGUUAAGUGUAACAAAGAGUCAAAACUUAGGUUCGCAUUCAAAAUCUACGACAUGGACAAAGACGGCUACAUCUCAAAUGGGGAGCUCUAUCAGGUGUUGAAGAUGAUGGUGGGGAAUAACCUCAAGGAUCACCAGCUUCAACAAAUAGUAGAUAAAACUAUAAUUCAUGCUGACGCGGAUGGAGACGGAAAAAUCUCUUUUGAAGAGUUUUGUUCCGUGGUAGGCAGUAUGGAUGUCCAUAAAAAGAUGGUGGUGGACGUAUAGUGACUUUAGACUUUAACAAAUUCCAUUUUUUCAUUUAUGAGCUGUUUUCUUUUGGCUGUUUUUGUAUUUCCAUGACAUUUCUCAACUGCUACCAGCAUUGUUUGCCAUUUAUCAGGUAGUGUUUUAAACCAUGAGUAUGUCAUUUUUGUUUGGAUGUACAGGAAGAAAUACAAAAAUUUUUUUUUUUGCUUUACGUAAAAAAAGUUGGUCCAGGUAUACUGGUAAUACUUGAUAAUUUCAAAUGCAUGUUCAAGGUAUUUCUGUGAGUUUUAGUACAUAUACCACUGGGUUAAUACAAAUUGCUAGUGGUGAGCAAUUGUUGUCAUCCUCUCUUAAUUAAACUUGGUCAGAAUGUUUAUCGUCAUAACAUCUAGGCGGAAUAUUAAUCUGGGUCAUGCAUGGCCCAAAACUAGGUCACCCGGUCAAAUAUUUGAACAACUUUGUUACCGCUAGAAGCCAAAUUAGACAUGCGCAUCCAAAAACAAGGUCAAAUCUUUCAAAAACCUUUGUUCCACUCUCGAGGCCAUAUUAAUGACUUGAUCUUUAUAAAAUUUUGAAACUGGAUCUUAUGUGUUAAAAAACUGUAUAAACAUUUUAGAGCCCACAUAAACGAGUCAAUAAGAUGAAGCGUUAGAGAAAACAUCUGGAUCGAAAUUGAAUCUUUGACACUUGCAUUCAAAAUCUAGGCUACCAGGUCAAAUUUUAGGAAAAAAAUAACCGUUUUACCAAUCUAGAAGCCAUAUUUAUGAAUCAAUCUUGAUGAAACUUGGUAAAAAUGUUUAUUUUGACAAUAUUUGGACCAACUUUUAGUCCGGGUCAUGGGCAUCCAAAAUAGGUGACCAGGUAAAAUGAAAAACCAAACUUGUUACCACUUGAUGCCACAUUUAUGCUCAAUCUUGAUGAAAAGUUGUCACAAUGUUUCUCAACAAUAUUAAAGAUAUGUUUGAAUGUGGGUCAAAUAGUGUUUAAGCUAGAUCAUCAGGUCAUAUUCAACAAUUUGUUUUCCCUGAAGUCAGAUGAGCGUUUUAGGGCCAUCAUGGUCUUCUUGUUUCCUUAAUACGGAUAUUUUUUCUUGAGUGUAGUUUGGCACAUGGUGUUACUACUUUUUUCUGUUUCACCGAUAUUUUCCAUUGAACAAGUUUAUAUACUUAAUUCAUAUUUUUGUAUUUAUGUUAUAUAUAUCGGGUUUCAUCCCUGUACUGGCAUAAAUAUAUGUUGCUUUUACUGGUAUGUCAUAAUAUUUGUUGAUGUUUGCAUGAAUUGCAUGUCAUAAGGACAGUUCUUGCAUACUAUUAGUUCUUGCAUACUAUUAUUUUGAAAAAAAGAAGGCUGAUUCAUCAUUAACAUUUUUCAAGUUGUAUCAUCUUAGUUUGAUAUAUAUUUUGUUUUAUCAGUAUAAUUAAAGACAAGCUUUGUACCUGGCAUAUUUCCAAUGAACAGUAAACUUUUAAAUGUUCAAAUUUUAGAAAAAGUCACCUCUAAAAAGCUUUUUUAGCUCACCUGUCACAAAGUUACAUGGUGAGCUUAUGUGACCAUGUGAUGUUUGGCGUCUGUUGUGUGUGCGUGUGUGCGUCCAUCAACAAUUUGUUUGUGUUGACAGUAGAGGGCACAGUUCUCAUCCAAUCUUUAUGAAAUUUGGUCAGAAUGUUUAUCUUGAUGAAGUCUGGUUUUGGAUUGUAUUUUUGUCAUCUGUGGUCAAAAAAUAGGUAACUAGGUCACAUAAUAGGUCAAAUAAUAGAAAACCUUGUGUAGACAAAAGAGGUCGCAGUUUUCACAGUAGAGGUCACAGUUUUCAUCCAAUCUUUAUGAAAUUUGGUCAGAAUGUUUAUCUUGAUGAAAUCUGGGUUGGGAUUGUAUUUGGGUCAUCUGGGGUCAAAAACUAGUCACUAGGUCAAAAACUAGGUAAAAUAGUAGAAAAACCUUGUGUAGACAGUAGAGGUCACAGUUUUCAUCUAAUCUUUAUGAAAUUUGGUCAGAAUGUUUAUCUUGAUGAAAUCUGGGUUGGGACUGUAUUUGGUUCGUCAGGUGAGCGAUUAAGGGCCAUCAUGGCCCUCUUGUUUAAUUUAUUGUAUGGCUUUUUUUCGUGAGUAAUAAAAACAUUUUUCUCAAAUAUAAGUUUUUGACACUAAAGUCAUGUUUACAUAUAUUAUGAUCAGAAAGGUUUGGCAGUAUGUGAUAUCAUCAUGGUACUUAAACAUAAGAAAUGAGCCAGUCGUAGCAUGUCUUUUUAUUUUAGAUCAACCAUUCCUGUUUACAAAUGUAUCAUUCAUAUUGAUCUGUUAUUGUCAUAUAAAUAAUCUCAGUCUCUCUUGUCAAUAGGUAACAUAAUUCAACACAACAUUAUACAACGAGCGAAUUCGCUUAUUAAUAUUUACAACAUUUUUUUUAUUCUUUGAAAUUUAUAUUAAAAGCAUUUCCCUACAGAUGUACUUUUUCUUCUUAUACCAGUUUGCAUUCUUACUGUUUACAUUUGUGUUAAAUUGGGCACCCAGCUUCCAUGUAAGAUGGCUAAUUUGCUGAUAUGGAAAAAAUUGGCGUUAACUUAGAAAAGGAUUAAUAUGUAAGUUUGAGUAUGGCAAUUUUGAUAUUAGCCUUGUGUGAAGCUUGAGCAAACCAAAGUCAGUGCUAAUGCAAUAGACAUUUUAUUUAAAUAUGACAUAUACCGGUGCUGACAAAAUUAAUGACCUGUAAUGACAACACAUUUAAGAGAGUACAGCAUUAAAUUAACACCAUUUCUUGACUUGCUUAAUAUCUGUAUAUUUUUGCUGAAUUAAAUGAUAAUGUAAAGAAGAUAACCUUUUGUAAUCAGUGAAAUCUAAAAAAUCAAAUAUUUUAUUAAAAAAAUGGUAGGUAAUCGGAAGUCCAUGCGGUUUCAUUCCCUUAUAUUUAUUUACAUCCAUAUGCCAUUAGGUUUCAUAUGAACAUCUCACCUAUGGCUUAUAUUUAAAAACCUCAUUUUUAUAUUGUUUGUUUUGUAACUUAUUAAGUCACAAGUUAAAUGGAUUGUUGUUAACAGUUUUUUCCGGUUGGUUUCUUAUUUUGAUUUUGUCUUGUAUAUGGAGUCAUUUAUGUAUGUUGUAAACACCAUUCACUUCAUAUUUUGUAUCUUUAUUGAUAUUGUGAGAACAAAUGUGUAAUACUUUAUCAUCCUUUCUUAUGUAACUUUGUAUGAAUGCUUUACGAUUGUUCAGCACUUUAUACUGAACACAAUUAAAUGGUAUAAUGUAAAUGUUUAUUUUAAAGUUUAAUUGGGUUUAUUAAACAUUUAAUUUCUGUAUUUGAAAAUCUGAGUUCAAAUUAACUUCUUAAGUGCUUGGAUAAGUUAAGAUUGAUUCAUUUAUAUAAAGAUAGUUCUGCAAAGAAAUGUAAUACAUAUUUGAUUAGUAAAUAAAUAUGUAAAAAAUACAUUAAGUUAUAUUUAUCGCAUUUGAAGAGUUAUUUUUUUCCUUUAACUUUGUUCUUUGUUCUUUUGAAGAGAAAAAUAACUUUUAUAAUAAUAAUAAUCAUAUUAAAACAUACAAAAUUGAUGAAUUCUGUAUUAAUGUAAUACUUACAUAAUGCAUAGCUGAUGACAGAAUCAGUUAUCAAUCAAGUUUUAAAUUGUCAUAAGUCAGUUGUAAGUUGUGCUCGAACUGAACAAAUGUAAAUAAUUAUUAGAGCCGAAGACUUGGUAUAUUCAAGAUUUUCUCUUCAACAGUCCUAUGUAAAAUAAUGGUUUGGAUAUUUAGUAUGUCUGUCUGGAGUGUAUUGUAAAUAUAUCAGAAAAUAGGACCUACCUCAAAUAGGUUAUCAUCUAAAAAGCUGUUAAUGAAUAAGAAUGAAAACUAAAUACAAAUUUUAAAUACUAAUUUUGGAUGUUUUUAACAUGUUGUUAUCCACUUGGUUGAUUGAAUGUUUGACAUGUAGCAAGUAAUAUUACAAUAAAACAAAAUUGCCUCUUUCAGUGCUAACAUAAAAACAGAUGUGGAAAUGAGAUUUUGUUUAUGAUUUAAAUGUUUGAUAUAUGCUGGAUACAAACAUUUAAACAAGAAAUAAUGCUUUACCAUAUUUAUAAUGUCAUAAUAAAGGAUUUGAAUCGAAAUACAUUGAACCUUUCUUGGCAAUAUCUAACAUAAUACCACUUAAUUUAUUUUUCAUGUUUGUCCAAAGCAGUUUUUUGUUUUAAAAACCAACCAAAUGUGCUAGAAGUUAAUAUAAUUGUUGCUGACACAAAAGUUUUUUUUAUUUUCUAAAUUUAUUUAUAUUUGUUAUUGUUUUUAUGUUUAUUUUGCAAGUAUUUGCAUGAUAUGUGUAUGGCGUCCGUAUUUUUAAAAUACUGUACUUUAUUUUCAUAUUUCUAUGUUGAUCUUUUUCAAGCGUGUGAAUAUUGCUGUAAACAAAUAUUUUAAUUGAUAUUGUACAAAAAGUUUUUUGGGUUAUUUAAAUUAUGUGAAAUUUAUCUCCAUUUUCCCCAGUGUAAUAAAAAAUAAUUCAAAAG